AUACGCACUGCUUUGUCCUUUAUGGAACCUACAUAUCUAAUUCUCAAUUUAUAAAUAUAUAUCACGGACCAAUGUUAUACAAUAUUGAUACCUCGGGCUACAAUUAAUAGUCUUCGCUCGACUCCAAUCGAUUGUUCAGUAUUUGAUUGCUUACCCCAAGUUUUUUCUAUUCACUGACGGUGCGGCAAAACUGCACAAGCUUUCUGCACUUUCAAUACAGGUAAUCACCACGGAAACGAGACACAUCGACUUUCCUGUGAGCUGCAGUGCUUGACGGCUGCGUGUGGCUGCUUUCCAUGGGGCUGACCAAGCAGUACUUGCGCUACACUGCCAGUGCUGUUUUCGGAGUGAUCGGGAGCCAGAAGGCCAACAUUGCCUAUGUCACUCUGAGAGGAGGCGAGAAAGGACGCUACGUAGCCGUAGCGGCCUGUGAACACGUGUUUAUAUGGGACGUGAGGAAAGCAGAGAAGGUCCUGAUUCUCCAGGGAAACAAACAGGAGGUGACCUAUCUGUGUCCCUCUCCUGACGGCGUCCAUGUCGCCGUCGGUUACGAAGACGGCGCCGUCCGUAUCUUCAGCCUGCUGAACGGCGAGAGCAACGUUUCCUUCAGCGGUCACAAGUCUGCGGUCACGGUCAUUAGAUAUGAUGCGCUGGGUGCGAGGCUCGUGACCGGAUCGAGGGACACGGAUGUGAUUGUGUGGGAUGUCAUCAAUGAGUGUGGUCUCUACCGGCUGAAAGGACACAAAGAUGCCAUCACACAGGCUCUGUUUCUUAAGGACAGGAACUUGCUGGUCACCAGCUCAAAAGACACUUUUGUAAAAUGGUGGGAUUUGGACACACAGCAUUGUUUCAAAACCAUGGUCGGCCAUCGCAGCGAGGUGUGGGGGAUGGCGCUGCUGAACCAGGAGGGCAGGCUGCUCACAGGUUCGGCCGACAGUGAACUCAGGGCCUGGGACAUUUGCUACCUGCAGGGGGGGCAGGAGGUCGGGGAGCCCAGGGUAAAGAAGGUCAAAGGUCUGCUGGAUGAAGAUGAUGAGGUAGAGGAAGGUCUUGACGAGAGCCCUGAGGAGAGGAUCCUCAGCUGUGAGAAAGCUGGGUCUAUUCUGAGAGAAUCCAGAGACAGGGUCGUCUCCAUGACGACUGACGCAAAGGCCAAGGUUCUGGCUUGUCAUGGUACUGACGCAGUCCUUGAGGUGUUCACUGUGCUCCCGCAAGAGGAGGUCCAGAGAAGGAGGGAAAGGAAGCUGAAAAAAGCCAAGAAGGCAGCCAGGUCUAAAGGGGGGGAGGAGGCCGUGGAACCCCAGGUGGAGCGGAAGUUGGGAGAUGAAAUCGUGAGGAUGGCCAACAUCAAAGCUUCCUCCAAGAUUCGGUCAGUGGACUGCCUGCUGUCCCCUAGUGGGGAGAUGAAGGUGGCCCUCCUGCUCCAGAACAACACGGUGGAGACGUACACCCUGAAGACCACAGAGAAGAGCCCUCAAGCCAACAAGACCUCUCGCCUGACCCUGAGCGGGCACCGCACAGACGUCCGCACGCUGGCCUUCAGCUCCGAUAACAUCGCCAUGCUGUCUGCCUCCUCCGAGACCGUCAAAGUGUGGAACAGGUCUACCCUACAGGUGAUCCGUACCAUGGCUUGCGAGUACGCUCUCUGUUCUCUCUUCAUUCCUGGAGACAGACAAAUCAUCAUAGGAACCAAGAGCGGAAAGAUCCAGAUCUUUGACCUAGCUUCAGGACGCCUGCUGGAGACCACGGACGCCCACGACGGCGAGAUGUGGUCCAUGUGCCUCUCUCCUGAUCAGAGAGGCAUUGUGACUGGUGGAGCUGACAAAACCGUGAAGUUCUGGGAGUUUGAGCUGAUCAAGGACCUGGAGUCUGGACAGAACAAGAGGCUGACGGUGAAACACACGCGCACGCUACAGCUGGACGAGGGCGUGCUGUGUGUGCGCUACAGCCCUGACCAGAGGCUGCUAGCCGUGUCCCUGCUGGACUGCACCGUCAAGAUCUUCUACACCGACACACUCAAGUUCUUCCUCUCUCUUUACGGACACAAGCUCCCCGUGUUGUGCCUGGAUAUUUCUCACGACAGCGCGCUGAUUGCCACGGGCUCUGCCGACAGGAACGUGAAGAUCUGGGGGCUGGACUUCGGGGACUGCCACCGAUCCAUGUUCGCACACGAUGACAGUUACUCGUUCCUGCAGUUCGUUCCCAAAACCCACCUGUUCUUCACAGCUGGGAAGGACAAGAAAAUAAAACAGUGGGAUGCUGACAAAUUUGAGCACAUCCAGACCCUGGAGGGUCACCAUCGUGAGGUGUGGUGUCUGGCGGUCAGCCCCAGCGGAGACUACAUCGUGUCUUCGUCCCAUGACAAGUCGCUGCGUUUGUGGGAGAGAACGAGGGAGCCCAUCAUCCUGGACGAGGAGAAGGAGAUGGAGAGAGAGGCGGAGUUUGAGGAAAGCUUGGCCAAAGGGGAGGAGCCAGUGGUUCCAGGAGAGACCAAAGGGGAGGCAGGGCCAGCGGGAAGGAAAACCAUAGAGACUGUAAAAGCGGCGGAGCGCAUCAUGGAGGCCGUGGAGCUGUACAGAGAGGAGAGUAAGAAGCUGGAGGAGCACAGAGAAGCCUGCGAGGCGGCUGGGAAGCAGCUCCCUCCUCCUAGGACGAAUCCCAUCCUCAUUGCCUUCGGGAACAUCUCACCCUCACGCUAUGUACUGGAUGUGAUCAAGAAAGUCAAAUCCAGCGAGCUGGAGGUGUCCCUCCUGGUCCUGCCCUUCCCGUACAUCCCAGACCUGCUCUCCCUCUUCAACAGGUUCAUCCGGGACGGCUCCGAGGUGGAGCUGGUGUGCCGCUGUCUCUUCUUCCUGCUCCGGGUCCACUUCGGACAGAUCUCCAGUAAUCAGAUGCUGCUGCCUGUCAUUGAUGAUCUGAGGAGUAACACCAUCUCCAAAGUGCAGGAGAUCAGGGACCUCCUGGGCUUCAACAGCGCGGGCUUGCAGUUCCUACAGCGCGAGAUCGAGAGCAGGGAGGACGUGAUGUUCUUUGCCGACGCCACCGACCGCUUCGAAGAAAAGAAGAGGAAGAGGAAGAAGCGGGAGAGAGCAGUCCUCACCAUCACCUGAAAUGUUGAUCUAUCCGUUUUUGCUGCUGUAUAGAAGAGCAGCCAGUUUAUUAUUGCUGUGUGCUGUAAUGUCUUGUACAUUAAAGUACCUCUAAAGGAACUCAUUCUAUGACCUUAUCCAGCAUGGAACGGCAGUUAAAUUGGUUAUAUUGCCCAUUGGCACCGUUUUACCAUUUUUGAUGCUUCCUUUUAUUUUACAUAAGAGGACAAAUAUGAUAGUACUGAUAUAGUUUUUUUUUCCAAUUGCUAUAAGUGUGAGAGACCUCUGUGUCACUAUUUUUCUGAAGUGUAUAUUGAUAAGGAGAAUGGACUGAAUGUUUGUAAUAACGUAUUAAACUGUUCCCAUAUGUUUGUGCACAGUGUGCCAAUAUGAGAUACACUUUAUCGAUGCAGUGAAAUAGAGCAAAAAAACAGUCUCAUGAAUGUUGUUAGUUUGUUGGGAGGAAGUUUGAGAGGUUUAAUAAAGAUAAAUAUGAUUUCUAAAAAUA